AUGCAGGCAAUUGGAUGGUACUUUGACGGUCCUUUCUUUGGGAUUGGUCUGAUCCGGAGUGACCUCCAACAAUCGCGGGCCGUUCCUGAUGACAAACAAGUACUGAACAAUUCAGAAUACCCAGCAAAAGAAGCUUCAGCCGCUGUUCCAGUUGAUCGUGCAGAAUCGCUAUCGGCUCAGGAUUUCAUCAUGGCUCUUCAGAAGAUUGAUCUGGUGGGGGCAUUGGGGGGAUCGAACUCGGAUGAAGCCAAUUUCAUCUUCCAGACCAAUCAGCUGCCCUUAUCUUGUUUCACUGGCGAGUCCCGUUGCAAGCCUGGUCCUUCGUGCAGCAACGUGAACCCAAAUCAGAGCAUGGAUGAUACGGACUUGUCUGCGCUGAGUUCUCAAAACCGUGCCCCAUCAAUACCCGUCUUUUCUCCGAUGAUCUCCGACCCCGUUUGGCUUGAGGCCGAUAAAUCCGAAAUGAGCGAUAUUCUGGCACCAAACCGAGCACCAGAGGACGCGGAAUUUCAAUUAGCCCCCGAACUGAGUGAUCCUGGGGAAACUGCUGAUGGUGCCCUAUCUUGUUCGCCCUAUAAUAAUAGGUCAUCGGACGUGCCGAAUUCGAUCGCUGAACCAAAUACCGUGGUAGAACAGGACGGGGAAUCCGCAACUGUGCAGACCACCGAGCUAUCAGAAUCUGGCCGUAGUGAAGCAAGUCCUCUAGAUGUGUCUGUUAUCUCACCGGAGAGUAUCUGCUUGGAACCGGAGAUUGAUCGCAUGGCCACUUCGUCUUUUCCUUCGGUGUCUCAGUGGCCUCCGGGUCACCACUGUAUAUCGUUCUCACUCUCUUCUUCGGACCACGAGGAUGAGAAUGAUGAACACCAGGUGUUGGACUCUCGUGAUCGCCAUCACCACAACCUGAUACAAUUUUUGCCUACUUCUCGUUCGUCGAACGAUGCCAUUUCGAACUCAUCAGCUAUUUCCCGCUCAGCCUCACUGAACAGGAUUCGUCAUCGACGACAGGCUUUCACCGACACGAACGAGGUUUCGUGUCAACCAUUUGCCGAGCAACCAACUCCGUCAACUGCUGAACGAGUUUCACGGCGUAAGUCUGUCUUGCGUCCACUGAACCAUGAGCUCGGCGGUCGUUCUAGCCGUAGUACCAGUCAGAGCAGUUUAUCCGAUUCGGAUCAUCGAUAUACUACUACUAAUCUACAAGAAGGCUGUUGCAGCUCAGAUUCCGAGUUGGAUUACCGUAUGGAUGGCGGUCGCUAUUUUCGCGCUCGGGGACGUGCAUCCGGCUCCAUGAAACUUGAACCAUCCUGUUCGUCUUCCACUUUACCAUCAUCUGCCGCGCAACCCGGACACCUUCGGCCCCGGCAUACCGGUAUUGUGUCCACUCUCUCUCCUGUUUCGAAGUUCGAUUUGGAAACAGGAUCUGGAGCGAACGAUAGUGUGAUUUUGUCAACCCGUUCACCAUCAACUAAUGCACCGUCGUCCUCUCGUCGGUUUGAUCCAUUGGACACAAGUGAUGGAGGCAGCUCGUUUCGCAGCUUUCCUAGCACGUCAUCCACCUCUGGCNAGCUGGCUAAGGUUCCUUUCACUUAUGAGCAGGUGGUUUACUGUUCGAACGAGGAAUUCAAGGAGCUGCGUUCCAUGCCAAAUCUCACAUCCCACCAAAUUGGGGCAAUGCUUGAUGCUCGACGUCGAGCGACCAAUCGACAGGCAGCUGAACGUUGCCGACGUUUGAAGACCGCAUUGCGGGACGAAUUGUCCGAACGUCUAGCUGAAUUGCGUUUGCAACGUGAACAGCUUACACGAAAACUGAUUCGAGCUCGACAACGCAAACAAGAAGCCAAGUGA